AUGAACGGAAAGCUGCUGAGGAGGCGGAAUUGCGGAGGCGUGAGGCGGAGGAGGCUGCUGCGCCGAGCUGCCGAUGAGAGGAAGCGACAGGAGGAAGAGGAAUUGAAGAGGAGGGAGGCAGAGCAGAGGAAGAGAGACGAUGAAGAGCGACGGCGACGAGACGAGGAAGAAAGACUGAGACGAGACGAGGAGGAGCGUAGAAGAGUUCAGGAAGAACGGCGCAAAGCAGAAGACGCUAGACGUAAACAAGAAGAAGAGGAGCGGAUCAGGCGCGAGGAGGAAGCACGUCGGAGGCUCGAAGAGGAGCGUCGGAAGCAUGACGAGGAAUUACAUCGAAAGCUCGAGGAGGAAGCGCGUCGCAAAAGAGAAGAAGAUGAGGCUCGUCGGAAUCGCGCAGAAGAAGAAGAAGCCGAACGAAGGUGGCAAAUCGAGCUUGCUCGCAUCAAGGCGCGUGCUGAGCAAGAGGCUGCCGACGCUGCUUUCGCUCGUGCUCAAUUCGAGGCGGAAGAAACCGAGCGUCGCAGACAAGAAGAAGCAGAUCUCGCUUUUGCGCGACGUGCGCAUGAGGAAAACGAGAGAGAGCACAGGGCCGCUGAGGAACGGCGACGGCAAGAAGAAAUAGACAGUGAGCUUGCCCGUCGCGAACAGGCGCAUGAGGAAGAGUUGGAACGGAAGCGCGUGGAGGUGCGCAGGAGGCGGGUGGAGGAGACGGACAGGGAGAUGGCUAGGAAAUUGGACAUGGAGCUGAAUCUUGAGCCUGGUAAUGGAGACGCAAGUUCUACGAGGCCAUUUACGGCCCCACAGCUCCCUUCUCGCAGGAGAGCGGGUAGUCCUGAUGCCCCUGGAGGGUGGUAGCUAAGCUUCACUACGACGCUAUACACAAUCAAUGAUUUACAUUAAUGAUGUCCGCCUUUAAAUUUAUGUAGACAGCAGACCAAAUCAACAGCCUGAAGUAUCGCGGGUGUAACACAUACAUGAAUUUGAAUCAUAAAGAAGGAAC